GCUUUCUUGAGUGUGAGGCCAUCGACGCAGUUUGAAAUCAUCUGCUCCUGCUCGUUUUUCUGUUCUGCACGUUGGAACAUUCUCUUCAGAAAAAGGGUGAAUUUGUGUUUCUGUUAUACCCUAUUAAGUGAGGAAUCAUUUUUUGGCUUUUUGCCCCUAAAAAAAUGGUGCAAGUUGUGUCAUUGAGCACUCUGGCAACCUGUGGAAAUAGCAGGUUAUGUGGAUCCUCACCAUCUUGGAUGGCACCCUUUGAGCCAUACAAGAGAUCCCAAAUUACCUCUUCCAAUGGCAGACACUUGGUUUGGAACAAUUCUGUGCAGAGCUUGUUCUUAACAAGGCACAGUGAUUUUAGGGCUGAAGCAGCAUGGAUGUUUAGAGGGGGAGAACAAGGGUUGGAUGCGAGUUCGGAGCACAGCGAGAGCGCUAAUGAGGAUAUCUUGAUGUUCUUCUUUCAGCUCGACUUGGCCACAAGAGUGCAGUACGCUUUAAAUAUGGAGCAGUAUGACAUUGCAAAGCAGCUGAGGAACAAACUUGCCGAGGUUGAAGAAGAGGUAAUCAAGCAACAACAGUCAAAAAGGGGAUUGUCUUCAAAAGGUGAAGCACAAGAUAAAGCUAUAAGUAUUAUACGUCUUCGUUCAGACCUCCAGAAAGCUAUUGAGAAUGAGGAUUAUGCCUUGGCUGCUGAAUUACGUGAUGAAAUUUCCAAACUUGAAGCAGAGUCUCUAGCUGCAUCAGCUACAGCUUUGGCACAUGAAAAUGCUCAAUAUGCAUUCCGCUUGGGGCAGAAAGUGAGACAUAAAAAAUUUGGCUAUAGAGCUGUGAUCUGUGGAAUGGAUCCAGUAUGCAGUGAAUCAAGUUCAUGGAUGGAAAAUGCACAAGUUAAAAAAUUGUCUCGUGGUUCCGCUCAACCAUUUUAUCAGGUUCUUGUUGAUGUACAUGCUGAACCAAAUCUAUUAGUGGCAUAUGUUCCAGAGGAGAAUCUUUUAACACCUGAUAAACCAGACACUGGAAGAUUCGAUCAUCCCUACAUCUCUUUUCUAUUCUAUGGAAUGGAUUCAGCAGGAGAUUUCAUCCCAAUCAAGCAACUAAGGGAGAAGUACAAUAAACCAAGGCAUGAAAUACCCAUUGACCCACCAAAUGAUGAAUGAAGAUGGAGGCAAAGCUUAAAUUACCCAUGUGAGACUAUAUGCACUGUUCAAUUGGGUUGCGGAUUGAGAGGUUGAAAUUAAAAGUCUUCUGACAAUAUAUUCGAUGAAUCAGUUGAUUGGCUUUGCAGGAAACUUAAAAAGACAGAAAACAUUCCUUGUGUCGCAUGCACAAUGAUGAUCGAUUGCCUUCCUGUGUGAUCACUCACAUUGUCGAAUGUUAUAUUCUGUUGUAUGAGUUUUCAUUUUUCAUGCACAUAUCAUUGUCGUGAAGAUACUGAUUACCUACCUAACCUACCUUGUAUACAUGUAAUUAUAUAUUUAUGUGAUUUUUAGUUGGAUGAAUAGUAAUGAGUUCACGUUUGUGAACUAUUUGGAGGCA